AUGGAAAUACAUGACCACGCAAAAGGAAGUCCAUUCUGAUAAUUCUGAUACCUGAGAUGUAACUGGACUGAAGAGUAGAAACAGGAAAAAUUUUAGUGCCAACUUUAAUUACAAUGGCCACUGAUUCAGGGGAUCCAGCCAGCACAGAAGAUUCUGAGAAACCUGAUGGAAUUUCAUUUGAAAACAGAGUUCCCCAGGUUGCUGCAACUUUGACAGUAGAAGCUAGACUAAAGGAGAAAAACAGCACCUUCUCUGCUUCUGGGGAAACUGUAGAAAGGAAGAGAUUUUUCCGAAAGAGUGUUGAAAUGACGGAAGAUGACAAAGUUGCCGAAUCAUCCCCCAAAGAUGAGAGAAUUAAGGCUGCAACGAAUAUUCCAAGAGUAGACAAACUUCCUUCAAAUGUGCUGAGAGGUGGACAAGAAGUUAAAUAUGAACAGUGUUCAAAGUCAACCUCGGAAAUCUCAAAAGAUUGUUUCAAGGAGAAAAAUGAAAAGGAAAUGGAAGAAGAAGCAGAAAUGAAGGCUGUAGCUACUUCUCCUAGUGGCAGAUUCCUGAAAUUUGACAUAGAACUAGGAAGAGGAGCAUUUAAAACAGUAUAUAAAGGACUGGACACUGAAACAUGGGUUGAGGUUGCUUGGUGUGAGCUGCAGGACCGAAAGUUAACCAAAGCUGAGCAGCAGAGAUUCAAGGAAGAAGCAGAGAUGCUGAAGGGUCUCCAGCACCCCAAUAUAGUUCGAUUUUAUGAUUCCUGGGAAUCUAUAUUAAAAGGAAAGAAAUGUAUUGUAUUAGUGACUGAACUAAUGACAUCUGGAACCUUAAAGACGUACUUAAAACGAUUUAAAGUCAUGAAACCAAAGGUCUUAAGGAGCUGGUGCAGGCAAAUUUUAAAGGGGUUGCAGUUCUUGCACACUAGGACUCCUCCUAUUAUUCACCGGGAUCUGAAGUGUGACAAUAUUUUCAUCACGGGACCCACUGGAUCUGUGAAGAUUGGUGAUCUAGGAUUAGCCACCUUAAUGCGCACCUCAUUUGCUAAGAGUGUCAUUGGGACUCCUGAGUUUAUGGCUCCAGAGAUGUAUGAAGAACACUAUGAUGAAUCCGUAGAUGUUUAUGCUUUUGGAAUGUGUAUGCUGGAAAUGGCCACGUCGGAGUAUCCUUAUUCUGAGUGUCAGAAUGCAGCUCAAAUAUACCGGAAAGUAACUAGUGGCAUAAAACCAGCCAGCUUCAAUAAAGUCACUGAUCCUGAAGUCAAAGAAAUCAUUGAAGGAUGUAUUCGUCAAAACAAAUCUGAAAGGUUGUCUAUCAGGGACCUAUUAAACCAUGCAUUUUUUGCUGAGGAUACAGGACUGAGGGUGGAGUUAGCAGAAGAAGAUAAUUGCUCAAAUUCAUCCCUGGCUUUAAGACUCUGGGUUGAAGACCCUAAAAAAUUGAAAGGCAAACACAAAGACAAUGAAGCUAUUGAAUUUAGUUUCAAUUUAGAAACAGAUACACCUGAGGAAGUAGCAUAUGAAAUGGUCAAGUCUGGGUUCUUCCAUGAAAGUGAUUCCAAAGCUGUUGCUAAAUCCAUUAGAGACCGGGUGACACCGAUAAAGAAGACAAGAGAGAAGAAGCCUGCUGGCUGUUUGGAAGAACGCAGGGAUUCUCAGUGCAAGUCUAUGGGGAAUGUAUUCCCUCAGCCCCAGAAUACAACAUUGCCCCCUGCUCCCGCUCAGCAAACUGGGGCUGAAUGUGAAGAAACUGAAGUUGAUCAACAUGUUAGACGACAGCUUCUACAAAGAAAACCACAGCAGCACUGCUCCUUUGUUGCAGGUGACAAUUUGUCUGAGGCAGGAGCUGCAUCAGUUAUACAUUCAGAUACUUCAAGUCAGCCCAGUGUAGCCUAUUCCUCAAAUCAAACGAUGGGCUCUCAAAUGGUUUCUAACAUCCCGCAGGCUGAAAUAAAUGUCCCAGGACAAAUUUAUUCAUCUCAGCAACUAGUAGGACAUUACCAGCAUGUUUCAGGGUUACAGAAGCAGCCAAAGCUGACUCAGCCGCAGAUUUUGCCUUUGGUACAAGGUCAGUCCACUGUUUUACCUGUACAUGUGCUUGGACCAACAGUUGUUUCACAACCCCAGGUUUCCCCAUUAACUGUUCAGAAGGUCCCACAGAUAAAGCCUGUAUCCCAACCAGUUGGAGUUGAACAAGCAGCUCUUCUAAAACCAGAUUUAGUUCGAAGCUUGAAUCAAGAUAUGGCAACUAUGAAGGAAAACAUCAGUAGCCCUGAUAACCCAAGUGGAAAUGGCAAACAGGAUCGGAUCAAACAGAGAAGAGCUUCCUGUCCCCGACCAGAGAAGGGGACUAAAUUUCAGCUCACCGUCCUUCAGGUAUCAACCUCUGGAGAUAACAUGGUAGAGUGUCAGCUGGAGACACACAACAACAAGAUGGUCACCUUCAAGUUUGAUGUUGAUGGUGAUGCGCCAGAGGAUAUUGCAGACUAUAUGGUUGAAGAUAACUUUGUGCUAGAAAGUGAGAAAGAAAAGUUUGUAGAAGAAUUGAGAGCUAUUGUAGGUCAAGCCCAGGAGAUCCUUCAUGUCCACUCUGCCACAGAAAGAGCCAUUGGAGUUGAUUCUAUUACUGUGGACUCCAACAGUAGCCAGACAGGGUCAUCUGAACAAGUACAGAUAAAUUCUACAUCUACUCAAACCAGCAAUGAAUCUGCUCCUCAGUCAUCCCCGGUUGGUCGGUGGCGAUUCUGUAUCAAUCAGACGAUAAGAAACCGUGAGACUCAGUCUCCUCCUUCUCUUCAGCAUUCCAUGUCUUCGGUUCCUGGCCUACAUCCACUUCCUAGUCCAAAAAACACAAGUAAUAAGGAGAUACCACGGGACACACUGCUCACUAUAGAAAAUAAUCCAUGCCACCGUGUACUUUUCACCUCCAAAUCAGAACACAAGGAUGUGGUUGAUGGUAAGAUUUCUGAAUGUGCUAGUGUAGAAACCAAGCAGCCAGCUAUACUUUAUCAAGUGGAAGAUAACAGGCAGAUAAUGGCACCAGUUACUAAUAGUUCCAGUUACUCUACUACUUCAGUUCAUGCAGUUCGAGCUGAAUGUGAGGGACUCACCAAACAAGCAAGCAUAUUCAUACCUGUGUAUCCAUGUCACCAAACUGCCAGUCAGGCUGAUGCACUUAUGUCCCAUCCUGGCGAAUCAACUCAGACUGCUGGUAACUCUCUUACAACUCUGGCAUUUGAUCAGAAGCCUCAAACCUUAUCAGUACAGCAGCCAGCUAUGGAUGCAGAGUUUAUUUCCCAAGAAGGAGAAACUACAGUGAACACUGAAGCAAGUUCUCCAAAGACAGUCAUUCCCACUCAGACCCCUGGCCUUGAACCAACUACUCUUCAACCCACUACUGUCCUGGAAUCGGAUGGAGAAAGACCUCCAAAACUGGAGUUUGCAGACAACCGAAUUAAAACUCUGGAUGAAAAAUUAAGAAACUUGCUCUAUCAGGAGCACAGCAUCUCUAGCAUCUAUCCCGAGAGUCAGAAGGAUACACAAAGCAUGGACUCUCCAUUUUCUUCCUCUGCUGAAGAUACCCUCUCCUGUCCAGUGACAGAAGUCAUAGCCAUCAGUCACUGUGGAAUUCAAGAUAGCCCUGUACAAUCCCCUAAUUUCCAACAGACAGGCUCUAAGCUUCUGUCCAAUGUGGCUGCAAGUCAGCCUGCUAAUAUAUCAGUGUUCAAAAGGGACUUGAAUGUGAUAACUUCUGUACCCAGCGAAUUGUGUUUACAUGAGAUGUCCUCAGAUGCUUCACUUCCAGGGGAUCCAGAAGCCUAUCCUGCUGCUGUGUCAAGCGGUGGAGCCAUUCAUCUGCAGACAGGAGUGGAAACAGAAGAGAUGAGAUCAGCAAUUGCUCCUGAUCCCAUUCCUCUGACACGGGAGUCUACAGCUGAUACUAGGGCUUUGAAUAGAUGUAAAGCGAUGAGUGGAUCAUUUCAGCGGGGUCGGUUCCAGGUGAUUACAAUUCCUCAGCAGUCAGCAAAAGUGACAUCUUUUGGAAUAGAACACAUAUCAGUGUUCAGUGAGACAAACCAUUCUAGUGAAGAAGCCUUUAUUGAAACAGCAAAGUCUCAGUUGGUAGAAAUAGAACCUGCCACACAAAAUCCCAAAACUUCGUUUUCUUCUGAGAAGUUACAAGCUCUUCAGGAAACCUGUAAAGAAAAUAAAGGAGUUCCCAAACAAGGUGACAACUUCUUAUCUUUCAGCGCAGCUUGUGAGACUGAUGUAUCUUCAGUGACCCCAGAAAAGGAAUUGGAAGAAACUUCAGCCACAGGAAGUAGCAUGCAGUCUGGAUCUGAACCGUUGCUUAAAGAGAGAGAGAUAUUGACUGCUGGGAAACAGCCUAGCUCUGAUAGUGAAUUUUCAGCCAGUCUUGCUGGCAGUGGAAAGUCAGUGGCAAAGACUGGUCCAGAGAGUGAUCAGUGCUUACCACACCAUGAAGAACAAGCUUAUGCUCAAACACAGAGUUCACUCUUCUAUUCGCCAUCUUCCCCAAUGAGCAGUGAUGAUGAAUCAGAAAUAGAGGAUGAGGACUUGAAGGUGGAGCUUCAAAGAUUACGAGAAAAACACAUUCAGGAGGUGGUAAAUCUUCAAACCCAGCAGAAUAAGGAGCUGCAGGAGCUCUAUGAACGCCUUCGGUCAAUUAAAGAUAGCAAAACCCAAUCUACUGAGAUUCCUUUGCCACCUGCAUCACCACGUCGACCAAGAUCUUUCAAAAGCAAACUUCGAAGCCGCCCCCAGUCCUUGACACAUGUGGACAAUGGCAUAGUUGCUACAGGGAAAACCUGCCUUAUAAAUGAGUUGGAAAAUCCACUGUGUGUGGAGAGUAAUGCAGCAUCAUGCCAACAGUCUCCAGCCAGUAAGAAAGGGAUGUUCACAGAUGACUUACACAAGCUGGUGGAUGACUGGACAAAGGAAGCAGUAGGAAAUUCUCUUAUUAAGCCAAGUUUAAACCAACUUAAACAAAGUCAACACAAACUAGAGACAGAAAACUGGAACAAAGUAUAUGAAAAUACUCCAUCUACUAUGGGCUACACAUCAACAUGGAUUUCUUCUCUGUCCCAAAUCCGUGGAGCUGUCCCAACUUCCUUGCCACAAGGACUCUCACUCCCUUCAUUUCCUGGGCCAUUAUCAUCAUAUGGAAUGCCUCAUGUUUGUCAGUAUAAUGCUGUGGGGGGGGCGGGGUAUCCAGUACAGUGGGUAGGAAUUUCAGGAACAACACAACAGUCUGUAGUAAUUCCCACCCAAUCUGGGGGACCAUUCCAGCCAGGGAUGAAUAUGCAGGCAUUUCCAACUUCAUCAGUGCAGAAUCCUGCCACAAUCCCUCCUGGUCCUAAAUGAAUCAGAGUAGAUUAUGAUAAAAAGGGAGGUUUUUUCAGAAUUAUUUUCAGGACACCUAAGAUAUUAAAGUUUCUUCUUCUUG